CCAACAUGCUGGAUCUCUGUUUAGGGGUCAGUGCUCUAAAAUGAGUCUCUCUGGGGAGAGAGAGGAGGGGGGCCCUGCCUCUAAAAUGAGUCUCUCUGGGGAGAGAGAGGAGGGAGGCCCUGCCUCUAAAAUGAGUCUCUCUGGGGAGAGAGAGGAGGGACCUGCCUCUAAAAUGAGUCUCUCUGGGGAACAUGACACCAAAGCUAAGAGCCCAAUCAAGCAGGAGAGACCAGCCUCCCCUGUACCCAGCUGUGUGUCCAUGAAGAGUGACAAGUCUAUGGAACCUCCUAUAUUAUUUAGAGAGGGAGACUUUUCUUCUGAAAAAAGAAACCAACAGGAGAGAUCAGAGUCAGAGAUUCUCAGUGGUCAGUCUUCCCAGAGUCAUCAAACAGACCUGGCCUCCAUAUUCAGAUUGCUCGAAGAGAAUAUUUUGAAAUUUGUGAAGAACGAGCUGAAGAUGUUCAAGAGGAUUCUUAGUCAAGAACUCCCAGAAGGCUUUGAGAGUCAGAAGCAGGAUAAGGAAGUGGUGGAUGCUGAAGAUGAGAAGCAGGAGAGCAGUGCCAGAGAGGGGGCUCUGAAGAUCACACUGCACGUCCUGAGGAAAAUGAACCAGAAGGAGCUUGCUGACACACUGGAGAAAUGUAAGAUCUAUGACCUUGCUGUGAUUUGCCAACGUGAACUCAAAUCUAAUCUAAAGAAGAAGUUUCAAUGUGUUUUUGAGGGGAUCGCUAAACAAGGAAACCCAACACUUCUCAAUAAGAUCUACACAGAGCUCUACAUCACAGAGGGUGGAACAGGAGAGGUCAAUAAUGAACAUGAGCUGAGACAGAUUGAGACAACAACCAGGAAACAAGCAAGACCAGAGACUGCAAUCAAAUGUAACGACAUCUUCAAACCCUUACCUGGACAAGACAAACGUAUCAGAACUGUGCUGACAAAGGGAGUCGCUGGCAUUGGAAAAACAGUCUCUGUGCAGAAGUUCAUUCUGGACUGGGCUGAAGGAAAAGCAAAUCAGGAUGUCCAAUUUGUAUUUUCAUUCCCUUUCCGGGAGCUGAAUUUGAUGAAAUGGGACAAACACACUUUGAUUGAACUUCUUAAUCACUUCUCAAUGGAAACCAAAGAAUCGAGAAUCUCCAACUACGACAAGUACAAAGUUCUGUUCAUCUUUGAUGGUCUGGAUGAGUGUCGACUGCCCCUAGACUUCCAGAAGAACAAGAUCUGCUGUGAUGUCACACAGUCAACCUCAGUGGAUGUUCUGCUGACAAAUCUCAUCAAGGGAAAUCUGCUUCCCUCUGCUCUCCUCUGGAUAACUACCCGACCUGCAGCAGCCAAUAAGAUCCCUUCAGGGUGUGUUGACCAGGUGACAGAGGUACGAGGGUUCCUUGACCCACAGAAGGAGGAGUACUUCAGGAAGAGAUUCAGUGAUGAGGACCUGGCCAGCAGAAUCAUCUCACACAUAAAGACAUCAAGGAGCCUCCACAUCAUGUGCCACAUUCCAGUCUUCUGUUGGAUUUCUGCAACAGUCCUUGAACACAUGCUGCAACAUAAGAGAGAAGAGAUGCCCAAGACUCUGACUGAGAUGUACACACACCUUGUGGAGUUUCAUACCAAACAGAAGAAUGAAAAGUAUCUUGGGAAAGAAGAGACAGGUAGACACUGGAAUAAAGAGAGCAUUUUGUCACUGGGAAAACUGGCCUUCCAACAGCUUAUGAAUGGCAAUCUGAUUUUCUAUGAAGAAGACCUGAAAGAGGCUGGCAUUGAUGUCAAUGAAGCCUCAGUGUACUCAGGAUUGUGCACACAGAUCUUUAAAGAGGAAUGUGGUCUGUACCAGGACAAGGUGUACUGCUUUGUUCAUCUGAGCAUUCAGGAGUUUCUGGCUGCUUUAUAUGUGUUCCUCUCAUUCAUCAACAACAACGAGAAUCUAAUGGACAAACUGCAAACAAAAGAUGAGCCUGAAGUUACUUUCUACAAGAGUGCUGUGGAUAAAGCCUUACAAAGUGAGACGGGAAACCUGGACCUUUUCCUCUGCUUCCUUCUGGGCCUCUCACUGGAGUCCAAUCAGAAGCACUUACGAGGUCUAAUGACAAAGACAAGAAGCAGCUCACAGAGCCAUGAAGAAACUGUCAAGUACAUCAAGAAGAAGAUCAGGGAGAAUCCCUCUCCAGAGAGGAGCAUCAAUCUGUUCCACUGUCUGAAUGAACUGAAUGACCAUUCUCUAGUGGAGGAGAUCCAAAGCUACCUGAGAUCAGGAAGUCUCUCAGAAGCCAACCUGUCAUCUGCACAGUGGUCAGCUCUGGUCUUUGUGUUGCUGACUUCAGAAAAGGAGCUGGAUGUGUUUGACCUGAAGAAAUACUCCAGAUCAGAGGAAGGUCUUCUGAGGCUGCUGCCAGUGGUCAAAGCCUCCAGAGCUGCUCAGCUGUCAGGCUGUGGAGUCACAGAGGAAGGCUGUGCUUCUCUGGUCUCAGCUCUGGAGGCAAACCCCUCACACCUGAGAGAGCUGGACCUGAGUAACAAUGACCUGAAGGAUUCAGGAGUGAAUCUGCUCUCUGCUGGACUGGGGAAUCCCCACUGUAAACUGGAGACUCUGAGGCUGUCAGGCUGUGGAGUCACAGAGGAAGGCUGUGCUUCUCUGGUCUCAGCUCUUAAGUCAAACCCCUCACACCUGAGAGAGCUGGAUCUGAGUAACAAUGACCUGAAGGAUUCAGGAGUGGAGUUGCUCUCUGCUGGACUGGGGAAUCCCCACUGUAAACUGGAGACUCUGAGGCUGUCAGGCUGUCUAGUCACAGAGGAAGGCUGUGCUUCUCUGGCCUCAGCUCUGAGGUCAAACCCCUCACACCUGAGAGAGCUGGACCUGAGCUACAAUCACCCAGGAGACUCAGGAGUCAGACUGCUCUCUGCUGGACUGGAGGAUCCACACUGCAGACUGGAGAAACUCAAUGUGGAACAUGGUGGAGAGAACACAAUGAAACCUGGGCUUAGAAAAUAUGUCUGUGACCUCACACUGGACCUCAACACAGUAGACAGACUCCUAUGUCUGUCUGAGAAGAACAGAAAGGUGACAUGUAGGACAGAGAAGCAGCCGUAUCCUGAUCACCCACAGAGAUUUGAGGACAGUAGACAGGUGCUGUGUAGAGAGGGUCUGACUGGGCGCUGUUACUGGGAGGUAGAGUGGAGUGGGAGGAUUAAUAUAGGAGUGACAUAUAAAGGAAUCAACAGGAAAGGAGAGGGUAAUGACUGUUUUCUUGGAUACAAUGACAAGUCCUGGUGUCUGUUCUGCACUGACAACUGUUACACUGCCAGUCACAAGAAUAAUCACAUAGACGUCCCCUCCUCCAUAUCCCACAGAGUAGGAGUGUAUCUGGACUGGCCAGCCGGCACUCUGUCCUUCUAUAGAGUCUCCUCUGACACAAUGACCCACCUGUACACAUUCACCUCCACAUUCACUGAGCCCCUCUAUCCAGGGUUUAGGGUUUGGUAUGAAGACUCCUCAUUGUCCCUGUGUCAGUUGGUCCCUGUGUCAAACACAACAUGAUGUUUCACUCUAAUCAGGGUCAUGUUCAGUAAGUAUCAAGGCACAAGGCAAGACCCAAAUGUGGACACAGGAGGCAGAUGGUUGGAGUCUUGCAAAGUUUAUUACUCCAAAGGGUGGUGGACAGGCAAAAAGGUCAAAACCAUUAGGUACAGAGUGGCAGACAGGCUUGUGGUCAAGGCAGGCAGAAUGUACCCGCCUACCUGACCAAAGUCCAGAAACAGGCAAGGGUCAAAACUGGGAGGACUAGAAAAAGGAGAAUGCAAAAAGCAGGAGAACAGGAAAACCGCUGGUUGACCUAGAAACAUACAAGACGAACUGGCACAGAGAGACAGGAAACACAGGGAUAAAUACACUGGGGGAACACAGGGA